UUUGGGUACCAUCAUUUUCAGUCACCUUAGAUAAUGCUGGUUCCUUACAACUGAGUCUAAGCCUCAGUAGGUCUCAAUAGGUGUUCAGCAUGGCAUCUUUUUCUUUCUUUUCCUGUUUAUCAUUUUAAGCUGGGUGAGUUCUGCUCAUUCUUCAGAUAUUUUUCUACAUCUGUUGCUGCCAUGAAUGUUUGAAAUUAGUAGUUGCAGCUACUGCCUUGAGGUUUUCCUGUCUGAACGUACUUCCCUUUAAGAGGCAGGAACUUUAUAUUACAACUCAUGCUCAGACAAAGGAAGUCUUUUUUUUCUGAUCUGCUGGUGUGAAUGUUAUCCUUCACAGCCAUGUCCUAUGCUAUGACUCAAGCUGAAUUACUGAUGUUUUGACAGUUGCGUUGAUUUUAGAAGAUUUCAGGAUGUAUUUCCAGCUGGCUUCCUUCGUUUAUCUGUUCUAUGUGAUCCCUAAAAUUACAUAUGCUGGCAAAGUUCUGGUGUUCCCACAUGAUGGCAGCCACUGGGUGAACAUGAAGGUACUUGUGGAGGAGCUGCAUUCAAGAGGACAUCAUGUGACCAUCAUCCGGGCUGGAGACAGCUGGUACAUCAGUGAAACAUCUCCACAUUACAAGGCCAUCACAGUGAAUGUCGAGGCUGGGGGAAACGAGGAUUUUUAUCGUCUCUUUGUCUCUGAAGUUAUAAGAAUUAAAAGAAGCAAUGGGUCUGCAUGGACCCGUUUGGCUUUAGACAUGGAGUUGAAAGACCGGUUCUUUGAAUUACACAAAAAGGUAUGCGAGAUGCUCCUUCAUAUUUUUGAAAAUAAAGAGUUGAUGAAGACUCUUCAGGAAGCCAAAUAUGACGCAGUUUUAACCGAUCCUGUAAAUGGAGGAGGUGUGUUUCUGGCUCGCUACCUUGGCCUGCCGAUGGUGUUCAAUGCCCGCUGGACUGUUCAUGGUGAGGCACAUUUUGCUAUUGCGCCUUCUCCUCUUUCCUAUGUUCCUCUUCCACCAUCAGAGCUUACAGAUCAAAUGACUUUCUUUGAAAGGGUGAAAAACAUGAUUUUCUACAACAUGAGAAUGCAUCUGUACAAGCAGGUGACUGCACCACAUUAUUCUCCUUUGUCUAAGCGCUAUUUUGGCCCAGAUGUGAACUACUUCUCUCUAUUCCAAGCUGCAGACCUGUGGCUCAUGAGAGUGGACUUUGUGUUUGAGUUCCCUCGUCCGACCAUGCCAAAUGUUGUCUAUAUGGGAGGGUUCCAAUGUAAACCUGCAAGACCUCUGCCUCAGCACUUGGAGGAGUUUGUGCAAAGUUCAGGGGAGGAAGGAGUCAUCAUCAUGUCUCUGGGGACUUUAAUUGGAGAGCUUCCCCAUGACUUGGCAGAUGAAAUUGCUGCUGGCUUUGCAAAUUUACCCCAAAAAGUUAUCUGGAGGUAUAAAGGUACCAAACCACCCUCUUUAGGGAAUAAUACAAUAAUGGUAGACUGGAUGCCACAGAAUGAUCUCUUAGGGCAUCCGAACACUAAACUUUUUGUAAGUCAUGGAGGAACAAAUGGAAUAUACGAGGCUAUCUAUCAUGGGGUUCCAAUCGUGGGCAUUCCUUUUGUGUUCGAUCAAGCUGACAAUCUCUCAAGACUCAAAGCUAAGGGAGUCGCUAAGAUUUUGGAUGUGUCGGAUUUAAAUACAGAAAUAUUUAAGAAAACCGUGCAGGAAGUUCUGAAUGAGCCAUCUUACAAAAUGAACAUGCAGAGAUUAUCUGAACUACACAGAGAUCAGCAGGUGAAGCCAUUGGAUCGAGCCAUCUUUUGGAUUGAGUUUGUCAUGAGACACAAAGGUGCUCCGCACCUCAGAACAGAGUCCUACAGAAUGCCCUGGUACUCCUACUACUCUGUAGAUGUCAUAUUGUUUUUGAUAGCAAUUUCUCUACUUGUGUUGUUGGUUUUCUCUUGGUUGUUGAGGCACUGCUUCACGUUAUGUUGUAAAAGAAAAGUGAAAUCUGACUGAGUAGGGCACAUAUCACCAGGGGGGAUUUAAAAUGAGGCAAAACUAGGCAGUUGCCUAGGGGUACCAAGUUCCUGGGGGGGCAUAAAACUCUGUUUACAUGUAAGGUUAAUACUAGUGUUGCACCGAUACCGAUACCAGUAUCGGACGGG